CUUUGACUGCCUUUUUCGUCAGUCAGUAAUUGUUGAACCACUUCAACUUUUUUAGUUGUAACCAUGUCCACCAAGAUCGCCAAGAAGUCCGACAAGGGCGCCGUUGCCACCGCCUCCAAGAAGGACAAGAAGGAGCUCAAGAAGGUCGUCGUUGAGUCCGACUCCGACUCCGACUCCUCCUCUGACUCUUCCUCUGACUCGGACUCCUCGGACUCUGAUGCCGGCUCUGCCUCCGACUCCGGCUCCGGCUCCGGCUCCGACUCCUCUUCCGACUCUUCUUCCGACUCCGAGUCCACCGCCUCUGACUCCGGCUCCGACUCCGGCUCCGACUCUUCCGACUCCGAGGAGGAGGAGGAGAAGCCCGUCGAGAACAACAAGCGCAAGCGCGACGAGCCCACCACCACCACCCCCAACAAGGCUGCCGCCACCGCCCCCACCGGUGAUGUGAAGAUCUUCGUUGGUGGCCUGGCCCAGGGCACCACCGAGGAGCAGCUCCGCGAGCUGCUGUCCGAGUGCGGUGAGAUCGUCUCUCUCGAUAUGCCGAUCCACCGUGACUCCGGCAACAUCCGCGGCAUUGCCUUCAUCACCUUCGCCGAGCCCGCUGGCGCCGCCGCUGCCGCCGAGUACAACGAGUCCGAGCUCAACGGCUCGAACAUCCGCAUUCGCAUCGACACCAAGCCCGAGCGCCCUGCUGCCGGCGGUGCCGGUGGCGAGCGCAGCCCCAACCCCCCCUCCAGCACCCUGUGGGUUGGCAACCUCUCCUGGAACGUCACCCAGGACUCCCUCUAUGAGGCCUUCUCCGAGUUCGAGCCCACCUCCACCCGUGUGAUCUCCGACCGCGAGACCGGCCGCAGCAAGGGUAUGGGCUACAUCGACUUCGCUGAUGUCGAGACUGCCAAGAAGGCCCUGGCCAAGCUGAACGGUGUCGACAUCGACAACCGCCCCUGCCGCCUGGACUACGCUCCCCCUCGUGGUGAGGGUGGUGGCUUCGGCGGUGGCCGCGGUGGCUUCGGCGGCGGUCGCGGUGGCGGCUUCGGCGGCGGUCGCGGUGGCGGCUUCGGCGGUGGUCGUGGCGGCGGCUUCGGCGGUGGCCGUGGUGGCGGCUUCGGCGGCGGUCGCGGUGGCGGCUUCGGUGGCGGUCGCGGUGGCGGUCGCGGCGGCGGCUUCGGCGGUGGCCGUGGCGGUGGCUUCGGCGGCGGUCGCGGUGGCGGUCGUGGUGGCUUCGGCGGCAGCUCCGGCUCUCGCACCACCUUCGACGAUUAA